GUGCAGCAUGCUGCUGCGGUGGACAGGCCCUGCCCUCUCUGCACGCGCGUCUGUCUGGCUCUCCAGGAGGAAGCUGUCCGUCGUUCCUCCGGUUGUCCACGGCCGUGCCGCGCUGCAGCGCUCGUCAGGGAGUCCCGGUCCGGAGUGGCGGCGGUGGAGGCGCAGCGGCAGCGGGAUGUGUUCCCCGGAGCUGUCCCACCGGAUGGUGUGGGUGGACCUGGAGAUGACAGGUCUGGACAUCGACAAGGACCAGAUCAUUGAAAUGGCGUGCAUCAUCACCGACGCCGACCUGAACGUCGUGGCCGAGGGACCCAAUCUGAUCAUCAAACAGCCGGACGAGCUGCUGGACGGCAUGUCGGACUGGUGUCAGGAGCAUCAUGGGCAGUCGGGACUGAUCCAGGCUGUUCGGGACAGCAAAAUCUCCCUCCAUCAGGCGGAGUACGAGUUCCUGUCCUUCGUCCGACAGCACACUCCUCCUGGACAGUGUCCGCUGGCCGGGAACUCCGUGCACGCAGACAAGAGGUUCCUGGAUAAAUACAUGCCGCAGUUCAUGUUCCACCUCCACCACAGAAUCAUCGACGUCAGCACCGUCAAAGAGCUCAGCAGACGGUGGUUUCCAGAUGAAUACAAGCUGGCUCCUCAUAAGAAAGGGAGCCACAGAGCCUUGGACGACAUCCUGGAGAGCAUCAAGGAGCUGCAGUACUACCGAGCCGCCGUCUUCAGGACGCCCACUCGGCUUCCCCCUCGUGAAUGAACGGCUGCUUCCCACGGCUGCCGACUCCGGCUGGAGUUUGUCUUCAUGUUCGAUUGUUUGACCAAAGAUAUUUCCCAGAGUUCUGUUCUGUCUUCGUUCGAGAUCGAUGUGUUUCCUUUGUUCUGCAAGUGAAUCCAAAUAAAGUCAUUGGUCCCACAGA